AUGGAUGUCAGUGGACAUGCUGAUCCGUAUUUUAUAGCAAAAAUUGAUGAUCGAAUAUCGUUUACAUCAACUAUUCUGUCGAAUACGGCAACACCUAAAUGGAAUGAUGAAAAAUGGAUUGUUCGAAAUAUUCCUUUAAAUGCUAAACUUACAGUUAAAAUCUAUGAUAAAGAUGAUUCGAAAAUUCUUGAUAAUUACAUUGGUGGAUUUGAGAUUCUUGAUUUAAUCAAUUAUUAUGCUCCAGUAAAAGGUCAUCAAAUAAUUGAUUCAUUCAAUCGUCAUCAUGGUUUUUUUCAUUUAUCUAUUCAAUCAAUGGAAUCAUCAGAAGAAACAAUACAUCUUCCUCGUUAUACAUUCGAUGGUCCUUGUCGAUAUUCUCGUCAUGAUUCAUUUGCCGUUGGUCGUUUAACUAUGCUUAAUGCUGAUUGUAUUUAUUCAACAUGGAAAAUACAAAGCAGCACAAACGAUAUUUGGCAAUCUCCUCUUUCAUUAGCAUCACAAAAUGCACUCAAAUUAGCGCAUAAAGUACUUUAUGGUCGAACAUUAAAAUAUAAUGAAAAUGGACAAUUAAAUAAUGCUAAUGAUCUUUGGAAAUGUAUUUUCUCAGAUCGAACAACAAAGCGUAUCAAACCAUGUAUUUACACAUAUGUUGUUGAUGAUAAUACAUGGCGUUUUAGUGAAACUGAUGUGCAAGUUUUUGCAGAUUUUGCAAGUAAACAUGCAUUAUUAGCUAAUGCAUCAGAAUAUGUUCGUUAUGCCGGUCAAUUUCAUCCACGUCCAAAAUAUGGAUGGGAUAAUUGUGAUGAUGAAUGGGAAUUAGUAUUCGAUAAUGGAUAUGGUACUUAUGCUCCUGAUAUUAAUCUAUUGAUUAAUUUGAAAGACUUAUUAUUAUUCAAUUUUCCUGGAUUACAUAUUGUUACAUAUGAAUAUGACGAUCCAAAGUUGAAAGAAAGUAUGGCAGCAUUAAAACAUGCGACAGAAAAAUAUAAAAACAGUACAACGACAAUUCAACAAUUUGUUUUGACUUGUCCUUGGACACCUUAG